UAUCAUCAACAAGUUGAUAAGCAAAUGUUCGUUCAACUUAAGCAUUUAUAUUUAAUGCUCAAAAGACUUGAGGAAAGUACAAAUAAAAUUAAAGCCAAACUAGGUUGUCUAGAAAGAAAUCAAGAACAACAAGAGAAUGAUCUCUUUGCACAAGUAAUAGAUUAUGAACCUGAAGCAGGUCCUUUAUCAUUUCAGCAAUCAUCUCAACAUCAAAUAGAACUUUUACAGAAGGAUGCUAAUGACUUAUUUG